AUGCCGUAUGCAAAUAAAAGAAAAGCGAAUAUUGAAAAACUGUUAAAACAAGAAGCGAGUAAAUGCCAAAAGGUAUCGGAUUUCUUCACAAAGAACGAAAAUGCAAGAACAUCGUCAUCGACAUCGUGCGAUACAAACGUUGAGAAGGAGUCAGAACAAUUAUUAAAUAUGGCGCCAAUUGAAGUGGAAAGCGAAGUACAAGGCACUGCAGCUACUGAAGGCACUGACCAAGGAGAACCUCGUAAAGACAAUGAACUGAAUGAAGUGGAUUUUGAUAUUCGAAAUUCAGAUAGGGAAGGUAAUGUUCAAUUUGUUCAUACACGGGCUCCUUCGAAUAAUAUUCCAAGCAAUACUACACCUUCGACCUUAUCGUCAACAAGCUCUGAAAAUAUAAACAGCAUUACUUUGGUUACAACAAGUGACGUUGGUUUGCCAAUAAGCACAGCAAACACAUCGUCAACGCAAAUGACUACUGAAACCACUACUGAGUAUUACAGAGGCUACCCAUUAAACCUAAAAGCACUUCUAGGAAAAUUUGGAGAUGGUGUACUAUCUCAAUAUUAUGAACGAAGUAGAGUUUCAACGCAGAAUCGCCAGAAAGCUAGGGGUUUUGUCAAGUGUUGCAUCUGUGGUGAAUUCGAAGAGGAAGCAAAGCGCUUUUCAGCUAAUGGUAGAGUGUACAUGGCACAAGGUGUGCGUUGUGAUGGGAAGAAAAAGAUACAAGAUGUAAUUGAUCAUCUACUGGGGCCUUCACAUAGAGCAGCUCAAGAAAAGAAACAGCUAUCCAAGUUGUGGCAUGCCAAAGACAAACGUCACCCAUUUAUUAACUUGGCAACAAAAAGUGAUCCAACAGUUUUGAAGACCUUGACUGAAAUGGCAGUAGAGGUCUAUAAUGACAGUAAAUCUUUGACUUUAGCUGCCUGGUCAUGGCCAGGUAGAUCUCUUGCUAAUUUACAUGCACAACAACAGUUUAGGUCUUUAACUGACAGUGACAACGUACAAAGUUUUAUCCCGUUUAAACCAAGUGGAGAGGAACUUCAUUAUAGGGAUCCAAUGCAUUAUGCAGAAAUGUUGGAGAUAAUAGGAGAUACAGAGAGAAAGCACCUUAGAGAAGAACUCCAGAACUGUAUUUGUUUUGCUGCACAAAUGGAUGGUUCUGUCGAUGCUAGGCAACACGAUAAGAAAUUUAUAUUUGUUCCAUUCAAUACACCCGAGGACCCUCUUUCUAUUAAGACAAGAUUUGCAAGUGCAAGUGCAAGGGAAAGAACCAAGCGUGGUGCUGAAGGUUUGUGUUCUGCCAUGACAAACUGUUUUGAUGACAUGGGCCUUUCUAAAGAAUGUUUGCAGUCAAAAUGUGUUGGGAUGAGCACCGAUGGAGAGUCUGCAAACACUGGUAAGGAUUCUGGACUGUGGGCUAGAGUUGAAAAUUAUGUUGGUCGUUCAACAAGAAAUAUCUGGUGUGCAUGUCACCGAUCAGACUUAGCAAUGGAAGAUGUGAUGAGGUAAUAAUAAUAAUAAAUUAAUAAUAAUAAAAUGAUGAUUACAAUAUUUCAUUAGGAAGUCCACUCACAAAAGAGAUUUUAAGUGAAGCCCUGAGCAAAAAAAGAUAAAAAAAUAAAUUAUAAGGCUAUAUUAAUGUUAACAUUUAUAAUGUCUUAGGUUGGUACCUGAACUGAAAAUCUGGCUUUCCAAUGUAACGGAAGUAGCUACUUAUUACCGCACAUCAGGCCUAAGGACUAAGGAGUUGAAGACCAUAAAACCAGACAUGAGAAGUUUUCCUCCUCAUCAUGAGGUAAGGUUUGCUCAACAUCUUGUUCAACUUUGUGGAGCGAUACUAUUCAAUUUAGAUGGAUGUUUAAAGCACUGGCGAAAGAUUUGUGAUGCUCCUCGAGAAUAUAAUACCAAGGAGGUAUCGUCUGCAAAAGGAUUUUUAAAGUUGUGGCAACCAACAGGAGUGCAAGCAUGGCUAACUGCUGUUAUGGUGGACACAUGCUGUAUCUUCAGAUAUAUUGAAAAAGAAGCCCAGAAACCUGGCAUUAUCAUUCCUGAUAUCUUGAAGUACAGAUAGUUAGUAAGUUACUUUGUUUAUAGAAAACAAAUUGAACUCACUCUUAUUUGAGUUCUUUAACAAAGGUGUAUUAUUCAUUACAUUGUAUGUUAUUUUACUGCACAUAGGUGGGCAGGAGGAGUUAUUAACAAAGAAGAUGCAGAACUGCAUCCAGAGAAUGAUGAAGCAGUGGAUAAUACACCAAGAAGGACACACAACACCAAUGUGACAACGUUUCGUAGAGGAAAACAACCUAUCAGGCAAGAGGUUAUUGAUUCUUCAAGGAAUUUUCUCCAGGUAAAAUGAGAUAAAUAGGUAAUCUCAUAUCUGUUUAGCAAUCAGGUCACACCAUAUAAAGUUUUUAAUUACUAUUACCUAUAUUUUUUAUGUAUAUCAUUAUCAUGUUUAGACCAGGCUCAACGAGGAACAAACAGAAAUUGUAACAACCAUUAUCAACUUGACCUCAGCAAAACGUGCAAUUGAAUUCAUCAACAUCAGAAUCAGUGAUAAACAAGCAUUUAUUGAUGCAGUUUUAGAAAAUUUUACGGAAAUGCUUCCUGAUACACAUAUUCCUGCAAGAGACUAUGGUGUGAGACUCUACCAAAUGCUAAGGGGCAGCAAACAACCUGUGACCAAGUUUUUGUCAGGUUUUUGUGUUCUCUGCCCUCACAGUAUGACGGUGGAAAGAUGUGUGUCAACGUACAACAUGUUAUUCUCCAACCUGAGAAUGGUCACAUCUGAAAAAACACUGAAUGAUAGGGUAUUGAUUCACUGGGAUGGAGUGCCAACAUCUCAGUUUGACCCCAGUCCUAUGGUGCAAGAAUUUCUACAGAAAAAACAGAGGCGAAUGAAUCUUCCUAAUCUGAGUUCAUAUGCGGAACGUGACUUCGUAAAGAAGUUUUUUACAUCGGACUGCUGAUUGAUAGAUUACAUGUAUAUAGUGGUAUACUGUAUAGAUGAGUUUCACUAGCUGCCUGGCAAUUAUAUAUAAGUGAGAAAAAGGUGUGUUGACAACUUGACAUUAUUUUCUAAAUUUGACCAUCAUCUGCUGCCCUAGAGCGAAACCCAUAUUUAAGCUAGUAGCCGCAAUUUUAUAGACUUUAGUAGAUUUUUUUCAGGUCCCCUUUUUACAUUAUUUUUGGUCCCUUGGGAAAGAUGUCCCACCCAGUUACAUAUCCUUAAAAGAGGCCCUGGAAACACUAGCUGUUGUACAAAUUAUUUUAUGGAAUAAAAGUCACUCACCUAUGCUAUUUUAAUAUUGUCAGCAACACUAUGACUCAAUUCGUCAACAUGUUUUACAGAUAAAUGAUCAUCUACAAGACUUUUAUAGUUUAAGAUUGAGAGUGUUUCGUCAGCCAUCCCCUCUUAGUUUUGUUACAAUUUGAAUUCAAGUUCUUACAAGAACGAUAUAACGUUCGAACUUGUGUCCAGCUUGAGCAGCGGGAGUUCAGCGGCCAAUCAGCCGUCCAACCAAACCACCCAUCCAUUGUUUCAUUUGCCAAGUAUGUGUCGAACUAGGUAAGGAUCGAACGUAUGCAGAAGAUACAAGUUUGACAUUGACUUCGGCACGUUGGAACUUCAAUGUAUGGUUGAAAAAUAUAUAUUUCAUAUCAAACAAUAAUAACAGGCUAACAAGCUAUCCUUGGACACAUUGAAAACUGUGUAAAUAGUAAUACGUUCCAGGCAAAAAUUAUCAUCUUUGGACACAUAAUUGUCAUAUCAAUUGAUCAGUUGACGCAACCUCCUCUCUUAAGUAUUAGUAGUCAUGCUCAAGUAAAUAAACCACAAAAAUAUGGCGACCGUGUAAACACGGAAUGAGAGAUUAUACUUGUAAUCAUUGAAAUAUUUCGGUUGUUUCGGCAGUUUUUAUUGAAAUUUUUCAGCAUAAUCAGUAAUAUGAUACUUUAUUUCCCAUCAUCCCCUGCGCGCAUAAUUUAAAAGCUGGAAUUGCCUAUUGAUGUAUAUAAAUUGCAAUUUUGAAAGAAUUUACGUGACGCUACCUUAUCCAUUCAUCUGCAGAGGUUUGCAAGCUCGUAAUUUUACAGCUUUUAAUCCCCCCCCCCCUCCCUCUCCAAUUAGAUACAUAGAAAUUAUGUACACUACAGGGUGAAUAAAUUCGGGUAGAUAAAUUUGUGAAUAAAUUUGCGUAGUUUAAGGUGUGCCUUACGUCUUCCGCAGGCCUUUCAAAAAUGUAAAUUGGUGGGAAACGAACGGAAAGGCCUGCGGAUUAAUUUUCCAAGAUGGCGGAAGCCACCAGAAAAUUAUAAUUAUAUAUCAUUUAUAUCAGAUCAAUAUUAUUAUUAAAGUCGUUAACUAUGGGCUCUUUCCAUUUAAUGGCCUGACCGGUCAGACCCGAAUUCUUUUCCCUGCAUCAAUGGAAAGAUCUGGUCUACGUUUCUCAAAUAUCGUGCGAAAAUGGACCUCAUUCUAAUGUUAUCUAAAUUUUCGGGUCAGAAUGGUCCGAAGCCCAAAUGUCUUGUGUUCAAUUCAACAAUUUGACCGUUCUAACCAGUCUGGCCGUGUUAAUGGAAAGCGCCCUAUUUAUAAUAUAGACCCGCUUUUCGUAUCGUCAAUAUACAAAAGCAGUAAAAACUGAGCAAACAAGCACACAUUGAUGUAUAAACAGAAGCAGAUAAAUAUAAGUUUAUUUGCAUAUUAAAUUCCAACAGACAAGUACGCUUUUAUAUAACACGUCGUAUGUCAGGUUUAUUCACGAAAUUUAUUCCAUUUAUAUUUGUCUUUCAUACAGUGUAACUAUUUAAAUGCAUGUGUAUACAUAGUCAUAACCGGCAUCCCAUUUGACCAAAUGAUAGGUUCACGACGUCUAUAUCCCUGUCGCUUCUGCUUGUAAAACCCGCUUCCAUUCUUUGAACCUUCUCGUCGCUUUUAUCCGCCUUAAUUAACUGCGAAGAUGUAUUUAGAAAAUACUCGCAAAACAAGAUUGCUAAAGAUUGGCAGACGAUGUGCAAUAUUUUUGAAGAAAUUUGUUCCAACCGAGUAAUCGACACUAAAAGCCAAGUAAUCGACAUGUUAUUCAGAAGGCACUACAGCUACGCAAGCCUUUGUCUCAAAUUUGAAAUUUCAACCUGCGAACGGGCAUACUCAUUACGGGCUGCAUGGCCUGCGGAAGGGAUAGGGGUAUAGUCUGCCAGUAUAUAUAUUUUACCACCGAAACAACACUUUAAAAAUCGCUAGCCCACAGAUAUGGAAGGCUUAAGAACACAUUUUUUCAGCAUUUUGAAAAGAGUAUAUGCAAGAAAUAAAUUAUAGAUGAAUAAUAUCAAUAAUGCGAGUGGAAAAUUAUCCGAGAAAGGAUAAUAUCGAAAACUAGGACAUUAUAUGCAUCCAAUUGUUUGGUACUGUACGUUGAUAGUUCAUAAAACACCUUCUAAAUUUGCAAUCUAUGAAUUCAACCUUCCCUGUUGGUGCGCAAAGCAUUUUUAAUGUGCUUUUUUUAACAACCUCCAGCACUCACAAACUUACUUUUAAAAUUAAUUUUAGAAGUAAAGAUACUAGCAGACCCCAGCACUUGCAUAACGUUUCCCUAUAUUUUGUUGGACUUGCAGUUAAUUCGCGAAAAUUCCAAACUGUGCACUUCUUGUACACUAAGCCCGGUAUUACAGGGACCUACUCACUCGUAAAAAGAUGGUUGUGGUAUUUUACAGUAAUUUUGUGGUAAAAUUAUUUUUUGAUAUGUACACGGUAAAAUGAAAAGAAUAUAUUAAUUUAAGAUUGGCUAUUAAUGUAUAAUAAUUCUAAUUCUUUCUAUUUUGUAUUCUGGACAACAGGAACUUAUGAAAACGAAAGAAACUCGUCGACGGAAAAAAUUCAGUUUUCGAAACUUAGAUGGUAAUGGAUCAGCUAAUUAUCCUGCGGAUGAGGAUUUCAGCUAUUUAUAUAUUAUAUAUAAAGCAUUUCAGCCAUUUAUAUAUAUAUAUAUAUAUAUAUAUAUAUAUAUAUAUAUAUAUAUAUAUAUAUAUAUAUAUAUAUAUAUAUAUAUAUAUUACAAUGCUAGACUAGAAAAUACAUGCAUGCAGAAGCCCUCGCCUUGCUGACAAAACCGUUGUAUUUUCCGGACAUGAAGUAUCUAAUGUAGUUGUCAUGGUAACACGAUAAUUUUUUAAGAAUAUUCUUACAAAUGAAAAAUCGCCUAAAAUAUCACUUUUAAUUACAAAUUGAUCAAUUUCCCAACAUUUUUAUGUUAGGUGUAUAUUAUACGUAAUAUAAGCUUCGAUUUAAGGUAAAAUUCAACCACAAUUAACGCUUCGCAAAGUGUUCUUUAUAAAACUAAACUGCCUUUAAUUAAAUGGCUUUGUCGAUAAACUUUGAGUUUGCAAUAAAAUGAUUUCAAAUUCUCGCCUGCUAACUUUGCUUUCUUUUUUAUUUAUAAAAUUCAAUAUAAUUGUGGCCAGGUUGAAUAAACUGUAGAGAGACUCAGAGACACCUUAAUAGUUGUUGUUAGUUAACUUCCUGUUAUGAUCACUUCCUGUGACGUCAUGAACACGCCAUGCUGCAAAAUGCAGUUGAACAAAUAUAAAAGCUAUUUCAAUUUUCAAAAGAUAUUAUUCAGUAUUUUAUCGUCAAAGAAACAUUUAUAUCGAAGAAAAGAACAACAGUAAAAGGGAAUUAACAUUCUCGGGCAGUUGCCCGGUAAGUUAACGUUAUUAUCCAGUAAUUAUAGAAGUAUUGCUGUCUUAUAAUCAUGUUAAAGUUAUAAAAAUAUACGCAUGAAUAUAUUAAUCGUAAUAGCUGUUGAAGUAUGGUCAUUUUGAGUAAUUUAUGUAAAUAGUUCUUUAGAACGGUGCAUGAUUUGUCUUAAGUUUGACAUUAUAGACGGAUAUAUUUAUGGUUUCAUCAACUUUUGGGAGAUAUAUUACUUUGUAUUUGAUAAAUCGGAAUGUUUAUUGUAGGAUACAGGAAGUGUGUAUUUUAAUAUUUUGUUUACUUAGUUAUAUUGCAUUAACUUUUAUAGCUUGUAACCGUCGCCCUCGUAUUUUGGGGUACAUGUUCAAAAUAAAAGAAAAUUAUAAACAGUUUUCACGAAUCUAUUAUGUCCCGGCCACAUUUGGCGUAGUCGGCAGGAUUAUUUUGAACAUUCGUGCAGUAAAAUGUUAAAAUACUAUGUCUGAUGAGGAGCAAAACGAGGGCGGCGAUGUUGCUGAGGCAACGGCCCAAGGCGGUGAGGACAACUCUUCAUUGGAAACCUUAAUGGCUGAAAUCGAAAAGUUAAAAAAUGAGAAUAAACACACAAAACAAGCACUUUCAGCAGUAACUGUUAGCCAGGGCGAGGCUAGUACUUCAAAUAAGAAUGCACCAUCUAGUCCAGCACAGACACCCCAAGUUGUGUAUGUUUCCCGAGAGCGUAAAAUACAAAAGUUUUCUGGUAGUAGAAAGGCAGAUGAAGAUACAGUGGAGAAUUUUGUUGACAAUGUGAAAAGUUUGAUAUCAGCUAGGAAAAUGACCCAAAUUGAACAAACAGACUUUGUGUUAUCACUGUUGAAAUCAUCAGCGAAGGAAGAAGUCAAAUUGCGCCCUACAGCCGAACGUGACACUUCUGAUAAAAUCUGCAAUAUCUUAUUGGAGGCUUUUGGCGAGCGGAGAACCACACCACAGUUACUAAAGUCAUUCUACGAACGAAAGCAAAAGGAUACAGAAACCCUGAGGGAGUUCUCGCAUGCGCUGUGUGAGAUUUACAACCGAAUUUAUCCGCGAGACACCACCAUCAUACCUUCUCGUGAUCAGGCCCUCCGCGACAAAUUUGCUGACAACGUGAGAGACCCACUUCUACGGAAGGAAUUAAAGCGCAUGGUACGAAGCAACUCCAGCUCUAAGUUUCUAGAAGUACGAGAAGAAACUCUACACUGGGCGGAGGAGGAUGAAAAGAUGCGUCCUACAAAAAGAAAUGUAUCAAGUGAAGCAGUUUCAACCACACAGUCAAACAAAGAGAUGGAUAAAGUAUUGCAAGCCCUCGAAGAGCAGCGUAAGUCGAUUGAUAAUUUGUCCCAAACCCUUAUCUCCCUUUCCAGAUCCAACAAUAAUAUUCAGCGGCAUCAGGGAGGAAGAGGCGGCCGAAACCCCUCCCUCCGCGGUUUUGACGAAAGAGGGAACAGAAUUUGUUUUAAAUGCCAAGGAGUCGGACACAUUGCAAGAGAUUGUGUAAAUAAUACAAGUCAACGCCAGAAUGACGGCCUUCCCCCAUCCAAUGGCCCACCACGCAAUACUGCCCCACCCUCAUCGUAUGUCCAUAGCCAAGAUACAUCAGCGCCAAACGGUCUCCCUCCACAGUCGCGAGUCGGACAGUAGGAGGGGAAGGCGCAGACUCUCAUAGCAUACCAGAAAGAAUAAUUGGCAAGUGUCCUGUUGCUGUUGUGAACAUUGGAGGCGUGUCUGUAUCAUGUUUACUUGAUUCAGGCUCUGAGGUCUCUACUAUUACAGAAGAAUUCUUUAAUACUCAUUUUAAACCAAAGGGACAGGAACUACUUUCAACCAGUGGGUGGUUAAAACUGACAGCAGCAAAUGGGUUAGAAAUACCCAACCUUGGAUAUUUCGAAGUUGACAUUGAAGCUUUUGGCUUAAACGUGCCCAGACGAGGAAUACUGGUCGUAAAGGAUUCUGCCAAUGAUGCUAUGAGAGCACGGAAGAGAGACGUACCAGGUCUCCUUGGAAUGAAUGUACUAUGUGAAAUGGGACAAGUGUUAGCUAAGUUCGAGGGAACGGAAUUUUUAAGUAAAGUUGAUCCUGUAUAGUCACAGCCAAUCCAGGCUGCUAAACGUCGUGCGAAUACAUCAGUACGAGGUAUCGUUCGAGUUGCAGGAAAGCGUGCAGUACGGAUCCCAGCUAGUUCGGUAACAACAAUACCUGCCACUGGUUGGGGUGGUCAAGUGAAGUGCGAGAUGGCAAUGGUGGAACCAGUUGUAGGACAACAUUUGUCGCACCUAGUGGUACUCAACACCGUCGUGAGACCGUCAUCCCCCUUCUGUGCGAGAGUUGCAAAUCUAACCAAUGACGAUUUGUGGAUCCAGCCAAGGACAAGGAUAGGUGUUCUUCAUGCAGUCAGCAACAUCGAAAGUGGUGUGGAAUUCAAGAGAGUGUGA